AUGGGCGCGACGAAAAUGCUAGUGCCGGGAAUUCUCGCGAUUUCUAUCUACUUGCUGGUUCUAGAGUUUCGGAUCUGGGAGGUAGCCAAAGGAAUUUGUUACUUCUCCUCCUCGAGAGCUUCUCGCGAUAGAGAAUCGCUGCAUGGAUUGCUGCCCAUCCGGGAGAACGAUCGAUGCCAGAGCCGGCUCCAGCGGCACCUAUACUACCGUGCAGCCGCGAUCGAUCGCAACAUCCCAUCUACAAGCCUCGCGAGAAGACUGCGCUCGUACGAAGAUCUCCACGCGCGCUGCGCUCCAAAUCAUCCCCAAUCCUGGGAUCGCCGCGGGAAUCUCACGACUAGCGAGUGCAAAUUCGUGGUGUGGAUCAACUUCAGCGGCCUUGGCAACAAGAUGGUGUCCAUCGCCGCCACUUUCCUCUACGCGCUCCUCACGGACAGGGUGCUCCUCAUCGAUCCCGGCGAGGACAUGGCAAAUCUCUUCUGUGAGCCAUUCCCUCGCAGCUCCUGGCUAGUCUCGCGGGAGAUCCUCAACAAAUUCGCGCUCGGCGAUCCCAAGCCCAAGUUCGAUCAUCGCUUCUGCGCCGACGAUCUCGAUCGGGUGCUCGGCAGCCACCUCUCCAUCGACAUCAUCAGCGAGACAAGCCUGGGCGAGAAUUUCUUCUGCGAGCGGCAGCAGCGCGCGCUGGGCGAUCGAGUGGCGUGGCUGUCGAUCCGGAGUAGCCAGUACUACGCUCCCAGCUUGUACGCGGUGCCGCGAUUCAAGGCCGAGCUCGAUUGUCUCUUCCCGGCGGAGCAAGAGACCGUCGUGUUCCACCACCUUGGGCGCUACUUGUUCUCACCAUCCAACUCCGUGUGGGAUCAAGCUUCCAGAUUCUACAAAGCCUCCAUGGCGGACUCGAGCAAGCUGAUCGGGAUCCAGAUGCGCCAGCUCGCGCCCAAUCUGGGCCUGCGACCGCACUCGCAAUCCAGCUUCGCCCAAGCGAUGAUCCAGUGCCUCCUCCAAAACAGCCUCUUUGAUCUCCCCUCGAACAGAUCCAGAUCGAAGACCACGGCGCUCGUGACAUCGCUGGAUCGGUUCUUCUUCCAGAGGCUACGAAAUUUCUCCCUGGAAUCGGAUGGAGUCGUGAGAGUUCUCUCCCCAGGCCACGAAGAAUCGCAGAGGACAGACAACUUGGAGCACGACGAGAAGGCGCUGGCGGAGAUGGUACUGCUGUCGAUGUGUGACGAGCUCGUCACCAGCCCCGGAUCCACGUUUGGGUACGUCGCCCAGGGCCUGGCCGGGAUCAAACCGUGGCUCCUCCUCGCUGACAAUGACGAUCGCGGCGCCACCGCCAAUUGCUCCAGGCUGAUUUCCAUGGAUCCCUGCUUCCACGCCGCGGCGCCGUACGGAUGCGAUUGCAAGCGCCGCAGCGAUCCAAGAUUCGAGCCCAAUGUACGCAGCUGCCAAGACGUACCGACUGGGAUCCAGUUGAUAGGAUCGAAAGAAUGGCGCUCCCCAAUGCAAGAACCCUAA